CGCUCUAGCCGCCCUUUUCGCUGCUCUGUCGGGAGGCGGGCGCGCCCGCAGGGGUCCCUCCAAGAUGGCGGCGCAGAGGAGGAGCCUGCUGCAGAGUGAGCAGCAGCCAAGCUGGACGGACGACCUGCCGCUCUGCCACCUCUCUGGGGUUGGCUCAGCCUCCAACCGCAGCUACUCUGCUGAUGGGAAGGGAACUGAGAGCCACCCGCCAGAGGACAACUGGCUCAAGUUCAGGAGUGAGAACAACUGCUUCCUCUAUGGGGUCUUCAAUGGCUAUGAUGGCAACCGAGUGACCAACUUUGUGGCCCAGCGGCUGUCUGCAGAGCUCCUGCUGGGCCAGCUUAACGCUGAGCACACUGAGGCCGAUGUGCGACGUGUGCUGCUGCAGGCCUUUGAUGUGGUGGAGAGGAGCUUCCUGGAGUCCAUCGAUGAUGCCCUGGCUGAGAAGGCGAGCCUCCAGUCCCAGCUGCCGGAGGGUGUCCUUCAGCACCAGUUGCCUCCUCAGUACCAGAAGAUCCUUGAGAGACUCAAGGUGUUGGAGAGGGAGAUUUCAGGUGGGGCCAUGGCCGUCGUGGCGGUUCUUCUCAACAAUAAACUCUACGUCGCCAAUGUCGGUACGAACCGUGCACUCUUAUGCAAAUCUACGGUGGACGGGUUGCAGGUGACACAGCUGAACGUGGACCACACCACAGAGAACGAGGAUGAGCUCUUCCGCCUCUCCCAGCUGGGUUUGGACGCAGGAAAGAUCAAGCAAGUGGGGAUCAUCUGUGGGCAGGAGAGCACCAGGCGCAUCGGGGACUACAAGGUCAAAUACGGCUACACAGACAUUGACCUGCUCAGUGCUGCCAAGUCCAAACCAAUCAUUGCAGAGCCAGAAAUCCACGGUGCACAGCCACUGGAUGGGGUGACCGGCUUCCUGGUGCUGAUGUCCGAGGGGCUGUACAAGGCCCUGGAGGCAGCCCACGGGCCUGGACAGGCGAACCAGGAGAUUGCUGCGAUGAUUGACACUGAGUUUGCCAAGCAGACCUCCCUGGACGCAGUGGCCCAGGCUGUGGUUGACCGGGUGAAGCGCAUCCACGGAGACACCUUCGCCAGUGGUGGGGAGCGUGCCAAGUUCUGUCCACGGCACGAGGACAUGACCCUGCUGGUGAGGAACUUCGGCUACCCACUGGGCGAAAUGAGCCAGCCCACACCCACCCCGGCCCCAGCUGCAGGGGGCCGCGUGUACCCCGUGUCCGUGCCUUAUUCGAGCGCCCAGAGCACCAGCAAGACCAGCGUGACCCUCUCCCUCGUCAUGCCCUCCCAGGGCCAGAUGGUCAACGGGGCCCCCAGCGUACCCACCCUGGACGAAGCCACCCCGACCCUCACCAACCAGAGCCCGACCCUGACCCUGCAGUCCACCAACACACACACCCAGAGCAGCAGCUCCAGCUCCGACGGGGGCCUCUUCCGCUCCCGGCCCGCCCACUCUCUCCCGCCUGGCGAGGACGGCCGCGUGGAGCCCUACGUGGACUUUGCAGAGUUUUACCGUCUCUGGAGCGUGGACCAUGGCGAGCAGAGCGUGAUGACGGCACCAUAGUGCAGCCGGGAGGUGCAGCCCAAGCAGGGCCUGGCGUGGGGAUGAGGGGUCCAGUGCUGGGGCAGGACAGGGAUUAGCCUUUUCCCAAUACUUGCCUGGGCCAUGGUGGCCAGUGGGUGUCCUGUCCUCAGCCUGCAUCAACUUUAUCCCGCAGCUCUCGGGGCUGUCGCGGAUGUGAAUGCAGACUGGACCUGUGUUCUGCACCUUGCACAGCGGGCUGGAGGCCACUCUCUCCCUGGCAGCCUCAGCCAGGACUGUCACUGUUGCUCAGAACAAAGGGCCCAAGUGUGCAGCUGUGGCUAGCCUGCAAGCCCCGCCGAGGGUUCCUGCAGCAGUGCGCGGCGGAACGGGAAGAAGGAUCCCGUGAACCCCGACUGUCCCAGGCCCAACGGACAAUGCUCUCAGGCCACCCCUCCUCUUGCCCCUGCCUGCCCUGGAGUAGCCUGUGGCUGCUACAAGUGCCUCACCUCUGGGUGGUGGCUUCUCCCCUUCUCCAGCCUCUCAGCCCUGUGUUCCUAGAUCCAGAGUAGAACCCUGGGCCCCAUUCCUGGACCUGCCCUAGUUGUCAGUGGUGAGGGUUCAGGAAGACCAGGGGAGCAUCGGGGGUCUGGGACGACCACAGGGUGCGGGGCAGGUGGCAGGGAACCGAGGGAGCUGGUCUAGGAGAAGCACUGGUCCUGGAGCUUCCAAAGGAGAGUGGGCUGGGCACCUGGGCCUCCCCAGAGGUGGGCACGCAGGUGAUGGGGGCGUGGGGCGUGGUUGGGCUGCCGUGGUGGCUGCUCUUGUCAGGCCCUGAGUCGGGUGAGCCAGUGUCGGCCUUGUGUUUCCGUGCUGGUGCCGGGGAGG